UAGAUGCUCGGGCUUGCGGCGCCUAGCGGAUAUACACAGUAAUUUCCAACGGAACGUAGCAUCCUCAAAUGUCACUUUAUCACAUGGAAACGCCUGGUCUCUGCCUAUACAUAUGAAGAUAUAAUAUCGUUAUGCGUUCUUAACAUAAGCAGGAAAACAUAUUUUAAUACACUGUCAGAGAGCAAUGAGUCGUUGAUGGCGAUUGUUUCUAAAACAUUAAGCUGUGUUUGCUGUCUUGAACACAUCUCGCUGAGUACCCCGAUAUUGUUCAAGGGGAAUAAUAAUGGCUGCACAGGAGCCGUCUCCACCAUCUUCCCUGGAAGGCAACAAACCGGGCUUCCCAAAGAAAAUUUUGGCCAACAACCACGAAGACAAGCAUUUGUGCAAUUCUUGUCAUAAAAUCUUGAGAAGGCCUUUGCAAGCUCAAUGUGGUCACCGCUUUUGUUCGUUCUGUUUCAACAAAAUUGUGAGUUCUGGACCACAGAAAUGUAGUGCUUGCAUCAAAGAAGACUUGUUUGAGGAACCUACCUCCAUUCUCAAGCAAGGUGGUGCUUUUCCGGACAAUGCAGCUCGGAGAGAAGUGGAGGCCUUGGCAGCUGUCUGUCCCAAUGAAGGAUGCAUGUGGACGGGAACUAUCAAAGAAUUUGAGGCCAGCCAUGAGGGCAACUGUGACUUCAUGAUCAUCCUGUGUCCUUCCUGUAAAGAGCUGAUGAGAGCCAAUGAACAGGAGCGCCACAACGAGAGAGAAUGUCCAGAGAGGACGCUCAACUGCAAAUACUGCAAAGAACCUUUUCUGUUAAAGAACAUCAAGGCUCAUGAUGAAAUCUGUCCAAAGUACCCGAUGAUUUGUGAAGGUUGUGCAAAGAAAAAGAUCCCCAGAGAAAAGGUAUCCCAGAUAUUUGUUUAUGUGGACCAUAUUAAGUUCUGCAGUAAGUUUAAAGCACCAUGCAGAUUUCAUGUUGUUGGCUGCGAUACGUCUGUAAGUAGACAUUUUUGUCAUAAUUUGCUAUAUGUGUAACAAUGGCUAAUGUAAUAACUGGAUCAUGUAAUAGCUUGGAAAAAUUCAACAAGUUGAUAGUUUAUAAAUUGACUAUACAUUUUUAGACUGAUUUAACAAAUAAAAUGAUUUGUCCAGUAUAUCUAACUAAAAUAUUUUCAGAAAAUAAGAUUAUUUUGUGUUGGCAAACCAGCAGUCUUCCUUUGUUUCCCAAGAUAUUAGAUUAUUCAACAGUUAUUACAGAAUUUGUUGCCACAUCCUGUCAAUUGAUCCUGUUUGGAUUUUGAAGCCUGUGUGUAUAUGCACAGUGCCUGUAUGAAGUAUACAAGCCUAACUUGGAUUUUUUCAUGUGUUGUUAUAAACUAGUAAUAGGGUGGGUGUGUUAAGGCUGUCUUAUACUGUAUACUGUUGGGCUUCUGUAAAUAUCAUCACAGAGUACGGUCUAGACCUGCUCUUUUAUGAAAAGCGCUGUGAGAUAACUGUUGUUGUGAUUUGGCGCUAUAUAAAUAAAAUUGAAUUGAAUUAUACUGAUCAACAGAGUGAAAGUUAAUAUGAACAUAAAUUUGAUAGCAAUGUUUGCGUGUUCAUAUCAGUAUUCAGUGAAGCACUUUUGUUUGCCUUAAAAGAGGACUACCAAUUUGGCGUUGCACUCCUAAAACAUUGUUGGACUCUCGAUGGACAAUUUAUAUAAAAAAAAAUAAAUAAAUAAAAAAGUGCAGCAGAACCAAA